CAUGGCUCCGUCACCUAGCCGCUCAACCUCAAAUAAAUUGUCAGUUGUAACUUUUGUAACGAGCACACUUGCUGAAGAUAACCGUUGAUUCGUAUUUGCCGUUGGUCACUGCAACCUAGUGUGACGUCACCGGGUAACCGUCACCUCGUCUAACGAGGAAGAUGACUGAGGAAGGUUGUGCUCUGGCUGUGUGCAUCGCUGACUGCAUCAAGACUGGAUGUUGUUGAUGGAGCAUCUGCUUCACAGUUCACAGUAUUUCGGCUGCUGAGGCGACUUCAGGCCUGUCAUGGAGUGCAGAGGUGGCGUCAGUGGAUUUUUACUGCCUGUGUUGAUGAUCCUGUCUCUUUGUGAAGAUAGAGGUGGACUGGCUGUCCCUUGUACCUCUGCUAACGAAACUGCGGCGACAAACAAGGAGACAGAAAAGGGCGGAGGUCAAACAAGAGAUUUCCAGCUGUUGGUGCUCUACAAUGUCGUUGCCCUCAGUCUUCUGCUGGCUGUCGCUGGGUUAGCGUACGGACUGAGUCAAAGACGAAAGACAAAGCAUCAGGAGGAGACGGGACGGUCAGACGAGGUAGUGAUAAACAUGGCGGCAACAGGAGCCCGAUCGGGGGCGACCUCUGCCAACAUCAACUCCUACAUCGAUGCUGACGACUGCCGCAUGGUGUUGUCCUCGAGCUCGGCCUCCAGCCAGCGGCAUCCGCAGAGUACCUCCCCACCUUCCAGCAGGUACAUCCUGGAGGUGCCACAAGACAAAGUUGACGCUCCCAGAAUUGAUGUCGAGAGUUCUCCAAACGAUUUCCUCUAUACAGAAGUUGAAAAUCGACCUCCAUGUUUGCCCCCCUCACGCCGAAUGUCCGAGAGCACUAAUAACAGGACUCGGUCCCGUGACAUGACUCAAAAAAACCAAGAAGCCUUAGCCACGACCUCCAGACACUUUUCUGAAGCACCAAAUUCUACAGAGGCAGUAGCUCCAAUCACACCCUCUGUAGAUCAUUCACUAAAGAGACGCAUGGAUGACUUUCUGUACACUGACAUGAGCAGUCCACCGCCUUGCUUGCCUUCUCGCAAAAUGUCUGGACAACUCGAUGUCACUAGGACAAAGUCUCUGACCCUCCCUCGUCAGAAACUAGAGCUUCCCUCCACGAAAUCCAGUUAUGUACCUGAGCUGCAUAGGACACUGAGCAAGGUCGGAGUGGCCGUACCUGGAGUUGAGAGUUCUCAGAAGACGAGAGUUACCUUCCAGAAUGUGGUCAAGGAGCAAUCCCAGAGUGCAGCAGCCUCAUCUGUAAUGGCGCCAUCGGUCUAUCGGAUGGUUGUCAAGAAAAAGCCGAAGAGCCUAGGGCAAAUGUACCAGAAUCAGCCGGAUCCAGACAGAGCCUCCAGUCCGAGGGUAGAACGCCCACAAAAGACGAAAUCCAUGGCCCCGACUUUCAUGAGCACCUCGCAGGGUCCUACUGUACGCAACACCUUGUCCAUGGAGAAAAGGAGAACAGCUUGUCCUCCCAUCAAUACACAGAAGGCUGCAGACUUUGAUGUCCUCAUCCCGACAAAGUGUCUAACUAUGGAGUCCACACACCCGUACGUUAAUCAACUGACUCCAGGUAUAACAUCCAGCCAAGAGUCUCCAUGGAUCGAAGACAAAGAAGAGAAUGAUGCAAACUGUGUGGACAAUGCCUCUCACAACACAAGUACUGAUGAUGACUACUACACGGAGGUUGACGACCCUCAGGAGUAUGUGACUCCUAUCCCGAGGCUCCCUGUCGAUCCCGAGACUCCAUCGCCAGCCACAGAACAUGGCUACGUCAACGUGCCGCGUGCAGACAGAAAGUCUGAACGAAGGACGAAGCCAGAUAAUUCUCUCUAUCUGGACUGCCGCAAAGACAGUUAGCUCUGAAUCGAUGACACAGGUCGAAGGUACUGACAAGUCGGAGAAAGAGAGAGAGAGAGAGAGAGAGAGAGAGAAAUUUCACUAGUCCUUACAAAUGUGUUUAUAACAUUCACACAUUGUUUCUACAACAGUUGAAUUAUUCUUGCGAUCUGCUGACUGAACUGGUUCCAGUGCAUUGUGGCUGAAAUGGUUGAAGGAAAUCAAGCUGAAAUUGUUUAAGUAGAUUAAUAUUGUGGCUGCAGAAGGGAUUUAGAAGUUGGACUCAAUCUUUUCAAACACUUUGGACAAGGCGUGGAGAAUGGAAAGUUCACACUAUUUAACUGUAUAUAUUCUCCACAAUUUUCAAAAAAAAAAAAAAUGUGUAUUUGUGUGCGUGUCUAAGAAUUUCUUGUACAUGAGUGUGUACGACUGUGUGUGCAUGUGAGUGCAUGGUUAAAACAGUGGAUGCGGAUAAACGUGAAAAAAAAUUUGGUUUUUGAGUAAAACAUCUCCUUUCAGUGCUUUGUUCAGUGGUGGUGUUAAUUUUAAUGAACAUUGUGUUUGUGUCAUCAACAACAAAGAGACAGGAGAGGUUUAGUAAUAAUAAUACCAAUGUCAUCGUUUCUGUCUCUCUAUCUAUUCUGGAAUUAACAAUGGGUCGCCACUUAUUUUCUAGAAAUGCUAAAAUCAUGAAAACCAGUCCAGACCAUCUUUUCAACACCCUCUCCACGACCAAGAAAAAAAAACAUGCGGUUUAAGAUAGUUUGCCACUGAUUAUUAUUGGAUUUUCUCUGUUGCUGUUGCAGUGAGGGAUGUUUGAUGAUUUCAUGGAACUUGCAAAACUGUUUACAGAAAUUGCAGAUUGUCUGCUUCUGCGUAUUUCUCGACGAAAAAAAAAAUUAUUUAAGAAACAGCUACGUCCACCUGAUUUUGAAACGUUCCCCAGAAUUUAUAUUUUUUUUAUUUUUGCUAUAUGACACAAUUAACAUGUUGAUAAUAAAAACAAUAGUUUUCUGUCA